CAUUGGAUAUUCUGUUUACAGAUUACAAAGUUUUUAGAUUUCUUCUGUUAUCCUUAGCUUUAUCUUUUUUCCUUUACAUAAUUAUAUAAAUCAAAUUUUACAAAAGCAUUUUUUUCUUUCAUUAACAUAUUAAAUUCCCAUUUGCCACUUCUAACUAUGUUAACUAAAUAUUUUCUAUAUUUUAAUUUUAUAUACCUUAUAAUGCAUUAAAAUCUCAUCACAUGUUUUUUCCGAUUAUCAACUUGGAUAUUGUUCAUCCUGUUUCCAGUUUCUUCUCAAACAGUUUAUUAGCUCUUUUCACAUCCUUUUCUUCCAUACAGAUCUACGAUCAACAUCAUCUAAAGUUCAAGCAAUGCUCGUACAAUUGGUGGGAUCACAGUUUGGCCAUUGGCGAGGUCUUCUUUCUGGCCUGGGGCAUACGGGUCUGUUACAAUGUCCGCAACGCGGAGAGUCUCUACAAUGAGGCGCGUCUCAUCUCUUAUGCCAUCUACAACAUUGCCAUCGUGAACAUUGCCAUGGUUGCGUUUCAGUAAGUCUUCCACCAGCUGUCACAUCUAUGGAAUAUAUUUAGCUUUAUUCUGAUUAAAGAGGUUGACAGAGAUUGAUUAAAUCUGAUUGAUCAUGAACCUCAGCUAAAACCGGAUUAGCUGCCGCGCCCGAACCCUUUUUCAUUUGGCUUGAUAUAUGUAGAAGACGAGGCAUUGGUUCGAACCGUGAGCCGAGCUGGGCUUGCAGCCUUGGUUGUUUUCUUGGGUAAUCCCUAGCCAUCUGCUAGCACAUCAUGUCCACAAUUUCGCAAUGCCCGUUUUAAUUAAAUUCCUUUGCUUUGUGCGCGCGCGCGUUUCCGUUGUAAUCCUUUUUGUCGGUCUGCAAGGACAUGCUCCCCGCUCCGUCUGCCCGCCUGCUUGGUCGACCGUCUGUCUGGCCGUCUUCCUGUCCGUUUGUUUCUUACUCGCCGCAUUUUGUUUACAUCGGCAUUCCACGGAUUUCUUUGCCAAGUUAUACGUUCAGCGCGGGCUUCCUGCCAACUUCUGCCCGCUCCCGGCGCUCUUCUGAGGGUUUAGGCUUACGGUUACGCAAGGUUAAGAUUCGGUUAAGAGCUAAAACAUUUGGGACAACUGUUUGUCCGGACUGAUUAACUGACUGUCGCUCUGAGCAAACUUUAAGUUUCUCUCUACUCUACUCUCUCUACUAAAAAGGGGAACAAAAGAGGAAUAAGGGACUCUAAGGUACUUAGCUUUUAAAUUUUCCUCCAACUGGCUUCAAACUCAAUUGCAAAGCUGUUCUUGGACCGGGCAAAGCCGGGUAAUAUCUGACAGUGAAGAAUGUUUGACACCCAAGAUAAAACUAGAUGAUCCAAACAAAAUAUAUAGUAUUAUCGGUAAUUAACCAAGCCUUAGAUAUCUGGCUUACC